GGCGUCCCUCGCUUUCGGCGGCCGGCACCGAGGCCUACCACUGCCCUUGCCGGUCCGGAGAGCGCCGGCCGCGCCUCGGCCAGGUGAUGGCGGAGGAGGCACAGGGUAAGAGCUGUACGGCGGAACAGGGCCGUUGCACCGCGCCCGUCCCGCCGUGGUAUGGCUGAGAGGGCCCGGGCCGCUCCCGCCCGGCGGCGGUGCUGAGGGGAGCUUUGCCUUGGGGCCGCCGCAGGCGCGUGGAGCGAGGAGGCGGUGGAUCAUUUUCUGAAGCAACAGCGGAUCGGAGCCAGAGACGGGGCGGCCAUCAGCUGGUUCCACGCCGCCAACAGCAAGGCCCGGGCCUCGGAGGCCGCCAGAAACCAGAGCCACGGUUAAGGAGUCUUCUGGUGUCACGCACACGAGCUAAGUCUGCCUGAAGUGUUGUAAAGCUUACAUGUUUGUACAGCGGAACGCAAAAGCAGGUGAUGUUCACAUGAUAGAAGCAGAUGUUCUUCUUCGUGGUGGCAAGGGAGGAAGUGGAGUCCCUAUCAUGGCUCAUCCACCUGAAACAGACAGUGACAACACACUGCAGGAAUGGCUGAAAGAGAUUGUCAACACAGAUAAAGGCAUCAAGCUGGAUUUUAAGAGUCUAGAAGCUGUGCGGCCUUCCAUGGAGCUUCUUGAAUGUGUGAAGCAGCAUUUGAGGCGACCUGUUUGGAUCAAUGCAGACAUCCUACCAGGACCUAAUGGAGAUAGUGCUGUAGUGGAUGCCCAAGGGUUCGUCAACACUGUUACUUCAUUCUUCCCAAAUGUGACCUUAUCACUGGGAUGGACUACUGGCUGGCACCCUGACAAACACAAUAAAGGCUAUGACUGGAUGAUGGUAGAAGAAAUGGCUCAGAUAUGCAGUGUGCUUUCCCAGCCUGUAACUUUCCCUGUAAGAGCAGCAUUAGUACGACAGUCAAUGUCCGAGCUGUGCUGGUUAAUCCAACAGUCGAAUAGAUACAGCCUCACUGUUUGGACAGGAAAGGAAGAUGUGUAUUCUGUAGAAGACUUGCUUUACAUCCGAGAAAGCUUUGAUAAAAGUAGGGUUUAUUAUGACAUUUUAGAGCCACAAAAUUCUGCGUUCAAGAAAGCCAUAGUUGUAGAAUAAUAAAUACAAAGCAGGCAAUGUCUGACCUUAUAAUACUUAGCCUCUUUAAACGUGAAGAUUUUUUGUUCAGAGGAAUACAUUUUCCUUACCAAAAGAAUUGUAUAGAACACACCUGUGGGUAUUGGAGGAGUUUUGUAUAACACUUUAUUGAAAGGCUUCUCAAAUAGAAAUUUAAUGCUUUCUUAACUCUUGCUUACUCAUCGCAUGCAUGUUCACUCUUAUUCACCCAGUGGUAAAGGCUACUCACGUUACCUAAAUAUUUUAGUACUUCUUCCCCGCAAGCAUAUAAAGGGGAGAAUGACCCCAGCAGAGAGUCGUGGACCAAAGAAAUUUGUUACUAACUGCUUUUGUGUAAGCCAGAGUCUGUGGGACGCUCAGUGUAUCCUAAAGCCUGUUUUCACUUUCUGUAGGGGAGGAGAAGAGCCAAGCCUGUAUUAAGUACCCAGCUAUGCAGUUCCCAGCAAGGUUAUAUUGUAGCUCAUCUUGAUAACACUCCAUUUUUAAUGCCAUUGCAAUUGAUAAUGUUCUCACUCCUAGUCAAUAGAAGAUACUGUCUGCUGGAUGUGAAGAGUAGGGUCUGCGAUGCUACACAUUCCAGGGAGGAAGAGUAGUUAUUUUUACUGCAUUAAAACUAAUCAGGUACUCAUCAGAGACAGCAUUAAAAGAGCUGUAGUGGUUUAUAAGAUAGAGAAGUGCUGGUGAUUCUUUCAAGAGUUCUAAACUAAAUUUUAAGUAUAACAGGAUCUCUGUUGCAGUCUUUCUGAAAGCCAGAGGCUUUAAGAAUGAAAUAGCUGUACAGUGAUCUGUGCUUAUUGCAAAAAUUGUACAUUUAUGUGAUAGUACUGUUAUUUGCUGCAUUCUCCUGGAUUGUGCAUGUUUUUAACUCUCAGAAUAUGUUUUUAAAAAUUUUCAAAACUUGAAAUUCCCUUUGAGAAAAACUAAAAUCUGCAACCUUUCUCACCUGCAGGAAAGUCUAACCUAUUUCAUUUUAGGAGUUUUUUGGCUCUCUUGCUUCUGCAUCCCCUAAGAUGAAUACAGAUACUGACAUCUGUGCAGAACCAAACACAAGCUCUGUAUUGUUGUCUUUUGCCAAACAUUACAAAGGCUUUUUUUUUUCCACAAUGACAGAGAUUUUGAUUUCUAUAUGAAAACUGAUUCUGUGAAGAGUCAUUACCCUGGCAUCUUCUUGCCUUCCUCUUAUUGUUCCUCUCACAUGCAUGAAUUUUUAUAGCUUUGAUGGUUGACAGGCCGUAGUACUGAAGAGUGGAACACAGCAAUUUUUGGUUCUUACAAGAUUUUUUUAUAGUAUUAAUCCAACUGUGACAGGAAAGUUAGUUAUAUUUAUUAAUCCUAAAUCUUGAAAUACGGUGAUUUCAUGCAAUCAUUAAAAUUCAAGAUUCCUUGUUGUUUCCUAUGGCUUUUUUGCUAGGUUUAUCUAAUAAUAGUUUUGUGCUACUGAGGGGUAGAACUUUCAUAAUUUUUGUCACCUACUAAGAUAUACUUGGGUAAAAUUAGGAAAUAUUUUUCCAAAUGAGGAAGAAAACUAUCUACUUGUACUUGGAAUAGUUAAACAGAGAAGUUACUUUAAUUUGCACAGUCAGUCAAUGUGAAUGGUGGCAACCACCAAAAUGUCAAGUUUGACGGUGUGAUUCCUUUUAAUGAAUUGGGAGAAAUAAUUUAUUUUUUAGUUUACUGUGACAGCAUGACCUGAACAGAUUUGACCUCUCAUAGCAUCUGCUUCUUUGACCUGUGCGUGAGUAUUUUGCUAUACCAUGGGAAGAAGAGAGAUUAACUGUUUCUUAACUGAUAACUCUGGAAAACAUUUUAAAUACUUCGAAGUCCCUUUUAUAACCCAGAUGGUUUUGACUGAAACAGGUUCAGGCAAGCUAGCAGAUCCAAUCAUGGGGUUUCCUUUUCUGGAUGAUGACCCUUUCACCGAACUCCCCUUCAGGGAGAACAGGAUAUAUGAAUGACCAAAGCUGCAGUUAAACCAAAGUUAACUAUCUAUAGUACAUACUAUCUAUCUAUACAUACAUACAUACAUACAUGUAUAGAUACAUACAUAAUCUAUAGUACAUACAAUAAACCAGUAGGAAAUAGUACAGUUCAGAGGUUUUUGUUUUCUGGGAAAUACCACUGAACAAGAAGCAGCUAGGGGCCAUCAGCCAGCGUUCAGAAUCAAAUGCAAUGUGGCUGCAUUAGCCAAAAUGAGUCAGGCAGGUGCCUGAAUAACAGAAUCUGAUUUGGAGGGACAUAAAGGAAAUAGCUUGAGGACACAUUGCUGUAGCCAUGUUCAUUUGUUGAAUGAAAGGUACUUUUAAAGAGCAUUGAAGGUUUGUAUUAUUUUUAUUGAAUGCUUUACUAGUUUUAGGGUUAGUCUAGAUUUCUUUUCAAGACAUUGCUGGUCAUUCAGAAGCAGCAAUACUUUCUAGCCAUAUAUUUAUUUCUAAUAGAUUUAAAGACAAGAGUACCUCAUUGUCCUUUUUCCCCGCAAUUUAUGUAAACAUUUAGGACUGGAAUUGGCUCCUAGGUCUUGUUGCAGCUCCUUGUUGCAGGCAGUUACAUUUAUUGAGUUGAGCGGUUUUGUCUGUCAGUUGGUGAGGCCUUUUUGCAUCUACACUGGCAGACUCCUGUUAUUUAGAAACCUUCUUCCCACUAACUGCCUGAAGUAUUAGGAUUUGUUAAAACUGGUUAAACUCUUAAGUAAAAAACAAUAUCAGCAACUGUGAGAAGUAUUUUGAGGGGUGAAAGCAUCAUGGAAGAAAUAUCACUGAACAAUAUAUCACAUAUAUUAACAGGGAUAUUCAGAUAAAAUUGAAAGAAGUCAUGAGCUGCAUUGCAAGAAAAAUUAAGGUGACAAGACAUGUAAAACUAGAUUAAACAAAAUGCUAGAAAUUAAUUCCAUGGAACGUUCUUGCAGUGACAGGAGGGUUUGGCUGUAUGGUGAACUUGUUUAUUCUCUAUGGAUUGUCAUAUAUGCCUGAACGUCUGUAUGUAUUCUUUUUCACUCAUGGAUCUCCGAGUUUUCUGUGAAGUCAUUUACGUUGUUUGUGCCAGCCUCGUCUGACCUGCACGUAAAUAAAUUCAUUCAAAUUUG